CGAACUCAUUUAAGGGUUAAGGCCACUCAUUUAGAACAUCUGGUAGCACUGUGUUUCGCUCUUGUGCAAUCAGCUGAUGAUUUUACGUUUGUUUAUAUCCGAUUCGCUGAUUACUUAUCAAAGUGCCUUUUUGUUUUAUAUGUACCAUAUCGAUUUUCGUAGGUCUUUGUUAAGAAUCUGCAUUGUGUACAGAAAAAACAGACGCAGCCUGACGUGAAGUGAACUAAUCGACAGAUACGCGUGUGUGAGUAAACGCACAGAAAUACAUUUUACCAAAAGCUUUAUGUUUGGGAUAAAGUCGCUCGGUACGAGGUCCGAAUAGCCAACGUCUAUCAAGUUCUAUCUAUAUAAUACAUUAUUACUUUAAAUAGUGGGUUUACUAUCAAAAAAAGGUUAGACAUGUGUAAUAACAACAUUGUACUACAGUACGCACCCCUACAAUCUUUUGUAAAUCCAAAUUUUUGGCACAAAUUGUCGGAAAUCAAGUUAAAUCACGACCGACUUUCGGAUGCUCCUAAACCAAUAUUUGGUUACUAUACUAAUCUCAACGCAAAGGCGUGUCUUCUCGAAACAGAUUACUCCGCUUUCAAUGGCGACUUCACGGCACCAAGACAAUGCCACCCUGCUGUCGGCACUCUCUACAAUAAGAACACAAUUGAAGACUUUAAAGCGUGUGAUAAAAAUGAAUUAUUGCAAAUUGAGGGAAGAAAAUUAAUACAGGAUUUUCGCGCUGACCGCGUACUGGAGGACCCCAAAUUGCUGGCCCGUUUCUUCGUGCUUUCAUUUGCGGACCUUGCCACCUACAAUUACUACUAUUGGUUUGCCUUUCCUUGUCCACUGACGCGAACUUUAAAGAUUCCGAGUGAUUCGGGCCCAAAAAUAUUGUCGGACAUUCCAGAGUUGGAGCAUUUAAAUAGUUUACUUAACAGUAAGGGGGGAAUAACCAAUUUUUUCUUAGUCAAAAGCAAUGAAAAAAACGCCAUCUACGAAUUAAGAGAUGUAUUUUCUGAUAACACGUCAUUAGCAGAACAAAGCGAUUACAUUUACUUUGCCUUUGCUGAUCCCAGUGAAUAUGAGCAUCCUUCAUGGCUGAUGCGUAUAUAUGCAGCGUAUAUCUUUUACAAAUGUCCUUCAUUGGUUGGAAAGCUAAUAAAAUUUUUGGGAAUACGUUUCGAUAACAAAGGCGAAUGCAGUAAAAGCCUCGUUUGGACUGUACAGCAAUCGGAAGAAGUACAUUUCGAUGAGAUGACGCAAUUCGUUGGCUGGGAACCCAAUCGUAAUAAUAAAAUGGGGCCACGCAUGGUUUCGAUGCGAGACAGCAUGGACCCAACUAUUUUAGUUGAAAGUGCCAUAAAUUUAAAUUUGAAACUAAUGAAAUGGCGUUUAGUGCCAGACUUGGAUUUGGAUAUUAUAUCGAAAACGAAAUGCUUACUCUUCGGUGCAGGAACUCUCGGGUGUAAUGUAGCGCGCAAUUUGCUUGCUUGGGGCUUUAAGCAUAUAACUUUUGUGGAUAGUGGCCGUGUCAGCUAUUCAAAUCCAUUGCGACAAACGCUGUACACCCAUGCAGAUGCAAUUGCCGGCAAUGUAAUGAAAGCACAAAUUGCGGCCAAACGCGUAAAAGAUAUAAAUCCAACUGCGACUUCUACUGGUUACGUUAUGCAAAUUCCAAUGCCUGGACAUACUAUAGGCGCCUCUAUGCAACAACAAAUUGACGAAGACUUGAACACUAUUAAACGCUUGGUGGAAGAGCAUGAUGUUAGCUUUCUACUAACUGAUUCGAGAGAAAGUCGCUGGUUGCCAACACUGCUGGGGACUACUUUUCAAAAAAUAGUUAUAAAUUCAGCUUUGGGCUUCGAUAGCUACUUAGUUAUGCGUCAUGGUGCAGGUGCACAAAAUAACGCAGCUUCUGGUGAUGCUGCCCUUGCGAUAGAUAUUGACGACUUGAAAUGUAUCAGUGGCGCCAAUUUGGGUUGUUACUUUUGCAAUGAUGUUACAGCGCCGGGAAAUGAAUGUAGUUAGUCAAUAAUUAACAUAUACGUAUGUACAUAUAGAGCAUAGGAAAGUUGAACUUAUAAAA